UAUGUCUUCAAUACAUUACAAAUUCAAAGCAACACUCGAAUAUAAAACCUUAAGUUUUGAUGGUCUUCACAUUUCAGUGAAUGAAUUGAAGAGAGAAAUUUGUGAAAAAGAAAAUAUUAAAGUUAGUUAUUUAUGGAAUUUGUUUGUUUCAUUUUUUUUCGAGCGAAGUUUGGCAGAUUCAUUUGAUCUAAUUUUAACAAAUGCACAUACAAAACGGCAAUAUGUGGCAGAAGAACUUAUUCCGAGAAAUUCGUCCGUUAUUGUGCAACGAACACCACGAGAUAAUGCAUCAAAACUUCCAAAAAUACAUUAUUCAGAAUUUCAUAAAGCAAUCGAUAUUAGGAAAUUAUGUGAAUAUUCACUUAUUUGUAGAGAUACUGCGAAUUCUGGAAUUGUCGUCAAACCUGUUGCUGAACCAAAUUUUGUUACACAUAUAGAUUCAGUUAAGAAGUGUUUCAAAUUUCAGGACCAAUAUGAGAAAAUGACAGAGAAUGAACGUUUGGCGCAUGUAAAAGAAGUGUCAUCCUAUAAAUAUUCGCCUGCAAACUUCCAAAAAAAGACGUCAUCAAUAAUGUCAGGUCCUCCACCGCCGACAUACAUAUGCAAUCGAUGUUCUCAACCUGGCCACUGGUAUAAAAACUGCCCAAUGGUAUUGAAAAUAUCAGUUUUACUACUGGCUAAUUGCUCAGUUCGAAUAGUACGGAUGGUUGUAUUUGAAGAUUAUGAACCCAUCGUUAUUGAUCUAAAUACUCGUCGUACAACUGGCAUUACUAUGGAAGAAUUAAUGGAAACUACAUCUGAUGAUCCACUAGCUAUGUUGCAUAGCUCAGGUAAAUAUAUGGUACCAAUCAUGCAUUGGAAAGCUAGGCAACAAAAAAAAGUCGAGUCUACUAAUAAUGUUGAACAAGAAGUUAGGUUAAUUCCGGAGGAAUUCACUUGUUUUUUAUGUAAACAGCUAUUGCGUGAUGCUGUAGUUACAACUUGUUGUGGUGAAAGUUUUUGUGCUGAAUGUAUACAACAGUGUUUGCUUGAAUCGUCAAAUGCGAAAUGCCCUGGUGCAGGAUGUUAUCAAAUGUCACUUUCUGCUGAUAAACUCGUACCUAAUAUCAAAGUGCGUCAAGCAGUGGAAGCAUUUAAAAACGCUCCUAUUGGUUCUCACAAUACUUUACAGUCAAGCGCUUCAUUUCCAAACCUAAAUGAUGCCGUCAAAAAUUUAUCACAACAAGAAAAAUCUGCCAAAAUUUCUGAAAAUGCUGCAAUUAAUUCACCACGAUUUGAUGAACAACCAUCUCAACCAAGUAGAGUUCGUAUUGAACUUGGCAGUCGUUCACAACAGCCCCAGCAACCUGUCGUUCAACAGAAUAUUCCUCAUAUACCUCAAGAACCUCAGCCUGCAACAUACAUUGCUCAGCCAACUGAUUCUGCCAGUACUGUAGUAUCAGUGACUGCGGUAACUGCGUUAUCAUCAGCCGUCCCAAUCUCAGCACAAGUUUCAGUUCCAGUUGCGCCAUUGAAUAUUCCGGUCAAUACUCACAAUAGUCCUUUGGCUUCUGUACCACAUCAAAAUACUUUGUUUCCUAUCAAUCUCAGUCAACCUCCACCUGGUUAUGCACCAAUGCCUUUAAAUGUGCCAGGGAAUGUGGAUUCAAGUAUUCGUCCUCCUGGUUCUCGAGAUAACACACUGGAUGUUAUGAACUCCUUGAAUCAUCCUCAUUUUUAUUGCGCUGGAAUUCAGCCACCACCUCCAGGUUUGUCUGCACCAAUUAUGUUCCCGCGUGUUGCUGCGCCUCCUCCAGCUAAGGAUGCUUGGGAUGAAUUCAUUGAGAGAAAAGAAAAAGUGCGUUUUUGCGAAAAAAUUGCGCACCCUCAGAGGCAUCGUCGCUCUGCAAGAAGCUCAUCUUCUUCAACUUCUGAAACAUCUUCGUCCUCUUCUUCUGAAUCUUCUCGCUCACGAUCUCGCUCAUGGUCCCGAGAGCGUUCUAGAAGAAAUAGGCGUCGAUCAAGCCGAGAAAGAAGAAAUAGGUCGCGAUCUCCAUUGCGUGGUUACAUCAGUUCUCAUCAUCAUCGUGAUGUAGCACCAUUUGCAUAUUAUCAACAUCAUUCACAAGCAUCUCUUGGCAUUCCUGUUUCUCAUCAUCGCAUUCCUUCUAUUUUGAGUGGUUUUCAAUCUUCUCAACUUGCAUAUCCUCUGCCCAACCAGCUCCCAUAUCCUCAUUAUGGCGCUGCUGUAUCUUCCGCGCACCGUUCUUUUAGAAAUAGCGAUGAACGCACUCUGAAACGUCGUUCGCCUAGAUAUUCAGGAAGUGAAAGGAAGUUAGAUAGGGUGUUUUGGUUUGGAUUAUCGUUUCAAGCGUCAGUGUUUAUACCUCCCGUAAGAGUAGGGCGAAGAACUAGUCAGAAUAAGGAACGUGUACGUGAGAGGAAGGAUUAUUAUAAACAUGAAGAUGUGAAGAAAAAGAAAAGAGAUAACGAAAAUAAAAGUACAGAAAAUCGCAAAGCAACAAGGGAUACGAAGGACGAAUCUCGCGGGCGAUUGAAUUUAGAAAUCAAUUUGGAUUCGAAAGGAAAAUCAAUAGAUGAAUCAGAUUUGGAUGGACGAAAAUCGAAGCAGGAAAGUUCUCCAAGAAAAAUAGCCAAGGUGAAUUCGGUUGAUCAAGAAAAGGAUAACGAUGGAACUGGUGAUCUAGAACCUAAUUUCGAUAAAGUUCAAAUGGCUGAAAUAGUUGUUAAGGACUCUGCUUCUAAUUCUUUACUAGAGACAGAAAUUGCGAGUGCUACACCAGACGAAGUUGUUCUAGAAUAUAUACAUGAACCAGAUCAUGAAAUUAAUGAAGAUAAUGAUAUACUGAAAGACGAAAGUCAAAAUAUCGAUGAUAAUCAUAUUUCAUCCAUGAUAAAAGCUGAGGAUGAAGAACUCAGUAGUUCAAAAACAAAAGAUCGGGAAGAAAGCGUAGAUAAAGCUGAACGAAAGAGUAGAAAGAAGAAAAGAAAGAAGCGUAGAAAGCACAAACGAUUGGAUAAACAUCAUGAGGAAAAAAGGCAUCAUAGCGAUGAUGGUGAACGCAAGAGCAAAAAGCAUAAGCGGAGUCGUGAAGAAAAGGAAAAACGUAAAUAUGAGAAAGAAAAGCGAAGAGAGGAACGGAGGCGAAGAAAAGAGAAGGAAAAAUUGAAUACCAAGGAACUCUCUGAAGAUAUAACUAUUAAGAAUCUUAGUGUUAAUGAAACGGAAGAAAAUUUAAAAAGUUCGUCAGUGAAUAAAGAAUUCGGAGGCAAAGAAUUAGAUAUGGCUCAUGAAGGGUUUAAAAGUGAAGAAAGUAAUGAGGAUAGUAAACGUUGGAAAAAACAAUCUUUAGUUGAAGAAAGAAAUGAAGGGAAAAACAAGAAUGAAAAACGAACUAAAAGCGACAGCCAGCGUGAAACGAAAGUCGAUCAGAAAAAUUCCGAAUUUUCUGUUGAAAGUAAAAAUUAUGAAGGAAGACAUGGUAAUAAGCGUGAAAAAAAAGAAAAGGAAAGUGGAACUGGUGAUGAAAGAAAAAUUAGAAGAGAGAUGGAUAGUCGACGCCAAGAAAUUGACAGUGGAAAGGAAAAACAUAUUCAGAUUUUGGAUCGAGGAAACACUGAAAAAAACGAAAGAGAUACUCGAAAAAAAAUUGAAAGCAAUCGUUCGGCAAGAGAAAAAGAGGAAAAUAUGAAAGAAAAGGACAAGAAAGAAAGAGAUAUUAAAUCGUCUAAAUAUCGAUUCGAAUUUCUUCACACCAGUGAACCUUCCAGUUUUUCAGCAAAGGAGAUAUCGAAAACACAUCGUAUUUCACUUGCAGCAAAUAAGGUGGAAAAGAAGAAUAUAGAUGAUGAAAGGAAUUCAGACAAAGAAAGUAUGAAACACUUGCGGAAAAAUCCAGAUAAAAAUUUGACAGAAAAUGUUCUUGAUGAAAUUCCCUCAAAGAUUCCGAGGUUAGAUUCUAUGAAACGCAAGAAAGGUGAUGUUCAAAGAAGUAGUACGGAAGAUGACAAAACGAUCAAUAUUGGAAGAUUGGCUGAAUCAAAGGAAAUCGAUGUGUCAAAACCUGGUCAAAGCGCUAUUAUCAAAAAUGCAAUAUGCGUGGAAAAAUCCACUGUCGAAUCAAAAUCUGUUAAUACUAAAAAAAUAAAUCGCGAGAGCGUGUUUGAGAAUUCGUCAGCAUUAUCGACAGCAAUGCCCGUCAAGCAAUUCAACGCUCGGCAAAAAAUCAAAAUGAUACUUUUGUCGGAAAACGAACGUUUCGCUAAAAGUAAAGUUUACAGUGCUUUCUUUUUUGCUUGUUUUUCGAUAUUCUGUGUACUUAGUGUUUUGUGGAUUGCAUCAGCGGUUGGAAGUAAAGAUGUAUGGGAGCUUCCAGGAUGGAGUAAUGCAAGUGAUUUAGCAAUGACGGAAUUAAUGGAUAGAUAUUGUGGAAUGGCGAGAGUGUCGUGUUUGGAGUAG